AUUUCUAUUUUUCGGGCUCUUUUUGGCUCAUAUUGAGCUACUUUCCAAUGGUUGAGCUUUUAGUUUUAUUCGUUGUGAUUUCACUUGGCAUUGUGCCAAGCAAUGGAUUGGAAUUUGAUCCGAAUAAGGCGAUGGCUCUGCUGGGUGAGCUUAUGGCUCAUCCGAGGGAGGUCAUGGAGCAGCUGGAAAAAUACAAGACUAGUGACCUAAUUGCUGCACUCGGCAUUCAUUCAUUCUCGAAGUACACCAUCUCCGAAGAAUGCCACGAGGAAUUGGCUUUUUUGGGUUACGGUAUGAUUGACGUGGCACGUCACGUGAAGCAUCAGACUACAGCGGCCCCAUCUACAAUGACAGAUGUGGAAAAGACGAGGUAUUUGAUUCCUAUGAUGGAUGCCGCCGGAAAAAUUGGCUCAGGCAUUGCCCGUGGCCACAUUCUCAGCGCCGGAGCAUUCACCGAAUGCAAGUCGGUUAGCAUGCACUCUACAAGCUUGAACCGAACAAUACGUGGGGAUUAUUACAGAAUCCUAUUCGACAUCAAAAUGCGCCCCAACUCGUUCAACGACUCGUGCCAACUUCCACAAAUCGGCGUUGACAUUUGCCUUCCGUGGUCUUGUAGGAAUGAGGACUUGACGGACUAUUUUCGAGAAGCUCUCGGAGCCACCAAAGAGCUCUCACCGGUGUGCAGUGUGCGAAAUGUGAACGGAAGAACGCCAGGUUUCACCUUUGGAACCUAUGUUGUUGUCACCCUUAUCUUAUCAAUCAUCGCCACGUCUAUUGUGUCUUGCACUGUAGACUAUUACUUCCAAAAUCGGAGAUCAAAAAUCGACUACGAGAGAAUGGAGGGCAGUUCAAAUGUGGGGUGGAAGAUUUUCAUGGCAUUCUCGCUCUAUCGAAAUGUCAAGGAGAUAUUCAAAAUGAAGCAGUGCAAUAAGGAAGGUCAAGUAACAUCUCUCAACUGCAUUCGGACAAUUUCAACAGUUUGGGUGAUUCUGGGACAUUGUGCCGCGAUGCUUAUACUCAUUUGUACCAACCCAGUGGAUCUCCUCGACUUUACCAAAACCUACAUGGGAGCACUUCUAGUGAAUGCCUACUUUGCCGUCGACACAUUCUUCUUCAUUUCGGCAUUUCUUCUCUCGUUUCUAUGGUUCAAACAGCUUCAGAAACAACGAAAAGCCCUGAUUUCGCCAGGCGGAUGGAUGAUGUUUUAUGUGCAUCGAAUUGCUCGUCUGAGCCCCGCGUACUACAUAGCCAUACUCUUUGUUACAUUCGUCUACAUUCGGAUGUUGAGGGAUAUGCCAGCUUUUAUGUCUCCAGCUAUUCAAGAUGACACGUGUCAACAGAACUAUUGGCUUAACCUUUUAUACAUUGAAAAUAUUGUUGAUACCAAAAAUAUUUGCUACGUAAUUUCCUGGUACUUGGCAACGGAUCUUCAGCUCUACCUUAUGAGCCCGAUACUUCUUCUGAGUUUUGCAAUUGGCGGCGCAGUUUUCGGAUUGUUCGCUUCAGUGGUAGCACUUGUAGCAUCUACUGCCUUCAACGCUUAUCAAAUUUUCUUUUGGUAUUUCCCACCGACAGAUUACCCGCUAGGACCCAAGGAUCCAAGAUACAAUGAGAAUGAAAGAAGAUAUGAUGUCUGGAACUAUUACAAUCCACUGAUCCGGUGUCAAAUCUACAUUAUGGGCCUGGUACUGGGGUAUUUUAUGAGAAAAGUUCCGAAGAUCAACAUUAAUCCGUGGGUUGAUCGAAUUAUGUGGGUAUUGUCACUGGGAUCCAUGGUUUUUGUGGUUUUGGUUAUUCAGGAUUAUUCAUCCGGGGAUGGUUGGACGCCAGUUCAAACUGCGCUUUACAGUUGCUUCAGUCGAGUACUCUGGGGAUUCGCCAUGUCAUGGAUCGUAAUUUCCACCUACUACCGAAAAGGAUUGAUCAGAGACUUUAUGAGUCUUUCAUUUUGGACCCCGCUGGCUAGACUAUCAUUUUGCGCUUAUUUGGUGCACUGGAUGGUUCUCGGCUAUUUUUUUGGAAGAAAUCACUCGGAAUUGUAUUUUUCGACGCUUUCCUAUUUUUUCCUUGACACAGUGAUCCCAGUGACUGCUCUGUCCUUUGUGAUAGCCAUAUUUUGGUCUUCGAUGUUUGAGAUUCCAUUUGCCAAAAUUGAAGGGCUACUGCUAGGAAGAUCUGGUACACCAAAAGCAAAUGGAAACUUGCCAAAAGUUAUGAUAAUUCCACUGGAAAUUCCGAAAGCCGGAGAAGUUAAUAUCAAAUUUUGACUGAUCCGUAGCACCUGUUUUUGUAUAUAGUGUACUAAUAAAA